AUGGGCAUCCGCAUGGUGUUUUACGUCAUCCUCCACCUGCCAUGGCUCAUACGACCAGCAACAUCAAAUGCAGCACGAGCGUCUACUUGUGAGGAGAUAUGUGGGGAUGUUCCUCUUCCCUUCCCAUUCGGAAUCCAACCUGGUUGCUAUAACAGUUCUUGGUUUAGUGUAACCUGCAAUGAAACCGUGCAUGGGUUUAAGCCUUUCAUCAGUCGCAUCAAUCUGGAGCUACUGGGUAAAUUUUGGCCGGACGAUAAUGUAAUCUCGGUCAACAAUCCCGUAACUUAUCUAAACUGCGGCGAUAAAGGAAACAAUGGCACCACUUCUGCUGUUAGUGUCAACCUGACCGGCACUCCUUUCUUCUUCUCGAAUAAAUUUAACGAAUUCGGUUCGGUAGGUUGUGGUAAUUUAGUCUUUGUUUCUCGCAAUAUUCAAACCGAUCCGAUCCUCGGCUCGUGCCUACAACGAAGAUGUGGUGACCUGACUACUAAAUUAGGUGGCUGCCAUGACUUAAUUAAAGAAAAUCUCACUUCCUAUACAGCAAGCAUGAUAGAGGUCAUUAGUCCUGGGACCAAUAGAUGUACAUCUGCUUUCAUGUUCGAUUCUAGCCGGUUAAAAUCAUUGGAUCUAGAUCCUCUGUUUCCCUACAAUAUAAGUAUCCAUACGACUCAUGUUCCUGCAACUCUGGAGUGGAAUCCGAUCAAAUGUGAUUUGGAAGGUAUUUGGUGUUUUUCUUCUUGCAAUGAAGCCGAGCUGUGCCAAGAAGUAGAACAAGCAGAACGCCGACGUUACACGCCUCCAUUGGUUCAAUCGCCGGCUCUUCCCUUACCUUACGAGGGUGGCUGUAUUGAAACAUGUGGGAAUGUUGAGAUUCCAUUUCCAUUUGGAAUUAAAGUUGGCUGUUACAUGAAUAACGCGUUCAGAGUAACUUGCAACAAAACCAUCGAUGGGCCGAAGCCAUUCAUAAGUAGCAUCAAUCUGCAGUUACUGGAGGUUUCGUUCUAUGAACGCGUUGCUGUCGUCGACAAUCCAAUCACUUAUUUUGAUUGCCUCGAUGAAGAUCGAGAAACUAAUGUGUUUAGACUCAACCUAACAGGCACCCCCUUUCUAUUCUCGGAUGUCUUCAACAGAUUCGUGUCUUUUGGUUGUGGAUAUGCUACUUUUCUUAGUAAUUCGACUGAUGAUAAUCCUGAUCAUGGUUAUUGUCUGCAAUCCCGUUGCGGUACUGACGUUGCUGCCAAAUUGAGUUGCUCCUCGGAUAUUCCUCCUGGUCUUACUUCCGUUGCUGUAACCGUGACAACGAUCUAUCCUAGUCAUGGCAACGAUAGGCCUUGCGGAUCUGCUUUCAUUGUCGACGAACGUUACAUAGAUUCUCUAGAGAAGAUGAUCCCGUACGGAAACGAAACAAAUAACCGAACUUUGUUGCACGUUCCCACAACUCUUCAAUGGGGAACACAUAUACGUGGGCUGUGUGAGUUGAGAGAAGGCUCGAACAUCUUUUGUCGCUCCGAUGGUGAAUAUUGUUGGACAAGCAUAAGCCAAACGCAUCUAUGUGUUUGCACCACGGAUCCCUAUGUUGAUUCUGAUGAUGUAUGCCAAGAAUCAGGUAAAUGUCAAGAUUUAAAGUAUAAGUACUGUCAUAUGCUUUGCUUCAAUGCUCCAGACAGCAACUGUUCAUCGUCAUGUCCGGUUGGAUAUGAAUACAUCGAAGAUAUGUGCAAGCCCAUUAGUCCAAGUAUCGUUGCAAAAGAACGUAAAAGAUCACAUAAUUUGCCGAUCAUCGUAGGUUGCAGCGCAAGCAUUGGGACAAUAUUUGUGCUACUAGGUACUUGGCAUUUGCACAAACGAUUAGAAAGAAGAAAAGAUAUCAAGCAGAAGCAGAAGUACUUUAAAAGGAACGGAGGCUUACUACUGCAACAACGACUGUCCAACAAUGAAGGUAAUGUUGCAAAAUUAAAAUUGUUUUCUUCAAGUGAGUUGGAAAAGGCGACGGAUUAUUAUAACGAGAACCGAAUCCUUGGUCGAGGCGGCCAAGGCAUCGUUUACAAAGGAAUGUUAACGGAUGGAAGUAUUGUGGCAAUUAAAAAACCCAGCUUGGGGGACGAGAAGAUACAUGACGAAAUGAAACUUGAACAAUUCAUCAAUGAGGUGAUAAUUUUAUCACAAGUUAACCAUAGAAAUGUUGUCAAGCUUUUAGGAUGUUGCCUUGAGACAAAACUCCCUUUGCUGGUGUACGAGUUUGUCCCAAACGGAACACUUUAUCAUCUCAUACAUGUGCCAAGUGAAGAGUUCCCUUUGACGUGGGAAAUGCGAUUACGAAUUGCAAUUGAAGUUGCAAAUGCUUUGUCCUACUUACAUUCAGCUGCUUCCGUCCCUAUUUAUCAUCGAGACAUCAAAUCUAGCAACAUACUUUUGGAUGAUAAAUACAAAGCAAAAGUGUCUGAUUUCGGAACUUCAAGAUCAGUUGCACUUGAACAAACUCAUGUAACCACUCGAGUUCAAGGAACUUUCGGAUAUUUAGAUCCAGAGUAUUUUCGAUCAAGCCAAUUUACAGAAAAGAGCGAUGUGUAUAGUUUUGGAGUCGUUAUUGUUGAACUUAUAACGGGACAGAAACCCAUCUCUUCGAGUCAAUCAGAAGAAGUGGUGAGAAGCUUGGUAAACUUUUUUCUACAAUCAAUGAGGGAGAAUUCCUUACUGGACAUUGUAGAUCCAAUGGUAAAGAAUGAUGGUCCUAAAGAAAAGAUUGUAGCAACUGCUAAGCUAGCAAAGAGAUGCUUGAAUCUUAAUGGAAAGAAAAGACCCACAAUGAGACAAGUUGCAUUGGAGCUAGAAUGGAUUAGAUCAUCAGAAGAACCUAAUGUCAUUCAACAAAGUGCAGAUGAAGAUUCUGAUAUAGAUGACAUUAACCAAGCUUCGGGUAUCACUUCAUGUUCAACUUCUGGUUCAGGUCUAAAUGGUAGUGUAACUUUGGCAUUAGAUGCAUAGUUCUAGUUAGUU